AUGGACCUGCUGAGUGAUUUUUACAGGGACUGUGACGUAGACAGGUUCAGUUUGAGUUUCCUAGAAGCUCACGGGACAGGAACGAAGGCAGGAGACCCACAAGAAUGUGACGCUAUCGAUAGCAUCCUCGUUAGCGGUCGGAAGAAACCGCUUUUGAUAGGAUCCCUUAAAUCCAAUAUGGGGCACACGGAGGCAACUGUGGGUCUUUGUUCCAUUAUAAAGUGCGUUCUGGCAAUGGAAAGUGGUUGUAUUCCUCCGAAUAUCCACUUCGAGACACCCAAUAAUGAAAUCAGGGGGCUAGUAGAGGGCAGAAUGAAAGUCGUGGUGGACAAAACCCCUAUAGAAGAAGAAAAUGCUUUAAUGGCUGUCGACAGUUUUGGUAUUGGUGGUGCAAAUGCUCAUGUAUUAUUGAGAAGGAAUCUAAAGCGGAAGUCUAUAUCUAAAGAUAACCUGCCCAGAUUGGUAUGCGUAAGCAGAAGGACGGAAGAAGCUAUUACUGCAUUAGUAAAUCAAAUUGACUCUAACGGGAUGGAUGCCGAGUACAUCAAGUUAUUGCACGAAGUGUUCAGGAAGAACAUACAAAACCAUCUAUACAGAGGAUAUACUAUAGUGUCACAAUGUGAAGGACUCUCGAAAACAUCUGCGUUUUGCCCAGAACAGGGCAAUAAUCUAUAUUUAGCCUUUGGUGAAUUAGAUGACUGGUACGAAAUUGGCAGGCAACUAAUGAUUUUGCCGAAGUUUUACGACUCUAUCUUAACGCAAGAUAAUUUAACAGACAAGGACAUCAGUCUUUCAAAUGUACUCCUUGGUAAGCAGAUGUCCGAUAAAGAUUCCAUCCCAGUACUUGGUCCAGUAGCAGUCCAAAUUGCUCUGGUACACCUUUUGAAUUCAAUAAACCUCGAAUGCAGUGGCAGCUUUGGAUCUUCUGUUGGAGACUUGUAUAUUAAGGGUUACAAUCCCCAUGUCCACAAACUGUAUCCACGAGUAGAUUUCCCGGUUAGCAGAGGCACCCCCAUGAUCUCUCCCUACAUCAGGUGGAAUCACUCUGCAGAAUGGUUCGUACCGCAGUUUCAUUUAGACCACGUAAAGCAGACGAUACAAGGAAUCAAACAUUACAGAAUUGAUUUGGCCGAUCCUCAGUGGGCUGGGCAUGUAAUAGGAGGGAGAGUUUUAUUCCCUGCUACGGGAUACCUGUACUUAGUGUGGGAAACUUUCGCAAUCGCGCACGGUGUAUCUCUGAAGGCUUUUCGAGUCUCACUGAGGAAUUGUAAAUUCUUCAGGGCUACCAGUAUGCCAACAAAAGGCUGGGUAGUGUUCACAGUGUCCAUCUUGAGUAGCGGGGAAUUCGAAGUGGUUGAAAGCAAUUCCACUGUAGUCACCGGCACUAUAAACUUUUUACCGAAAGAUGAAAAAAAGACCUGGAACUUUGCUUUCCCAGAUUUGACAGAAUUCCAUGGUAAAAAGUUGAGCAAAAUGGAGGUGUACAAAGAGUUACACUUGAGAGGGUAUUACUAUAGCGGAGAAUUUCGCAUGAUUGAAGAAUAUGACUUCAGUGCUUCCACGGCAUACGUGAAGUGGCAAGUUAAUUGGAUUACGUUCUUGGACAUUGUGAUGCAAUGCAAGAUUUUACAGAACGACAGUAGAUUGUUGCAAGUACCCAUAUUUAUCUCUCAAGUGAAAAUAGCUGCGGACAUUCAUUGUGACUUGAUAAGAGAAACACUUGAAGAGACGGCUCCACUUGUGCCGGUUUACAGCGAUAUAACCACAGGAGAAAUAACAUGUGGAGGAAUAACCAUUUCUGGAAUUGCGACUAGUACCAUUGCAGGAAGGAAAAGUUUAAAGCGGCCUUUAUUGGAGACCUGUGAAUUCGUUCCCAACUUCACAGAAUUAGAUUUGCACAAGUCUGUUAGAGUAAACGUUCAAAUAGUCAUAGAAAAUUCGUUGGUACGUAAAUUCAGAACCGUGGAGCUUGUAGAUGAAUAUUCAAAUGACAAAGCGGAGCUUUUAACGCCUAUUAUAAAGUCGGCUGUACGAGAUGAGCCUCUAAUACAACAUUCUGUUAAAAUUCUGAGUGUAAAUAAUCUUGAUGUAGACGUAGAAGUAGAAGACAAAGAGUUGGAAACCGAAAGCAACGCAGUGCUUGUGAUCGCUUCCAAAGUUAUUCAAAGACCUGAGGUUAUGAAGUCAGCUUUCACGGCUGUAAAAGAAAACGGUUUCAUCAUGUCCCGUGAAAGUCGUUGUUGUAAUAUUAAAAGCGACGUUUAUCCUGACAUUAUAAUUGUAACCAUGCACAAAACACCGUCUGAAACUAUAUUACUUCUUCGGAAAAAGUCCACUCAGCGAAAAACACAUGCAUGUAUAGAAAUAAAUUCCUCGGAAAACUUCCCUUGGUUAGCGAAAACGCAGGAUGCCAUGAGCAAGAACUUGGAAGAGGAUCUGAUACUUCAUUCCAAUAAUCCAACGAGUGGAAUUCUGGGCUUGGUGAAUUCUUUGAGGAAAGAAUCGACUAGCGUGGACGUCAGAUGUGUUUUUGUUAUGAAUGAAAGUGAAAAGUUCAAACCAAACUGUGGUCAGUUGAAGAAAAACAUGGCAAUCAACGUUUAUCAAGGCGGACAAUGGGGCACUUUUAGGCAUCUGCUCUUAGAGGGCUCGAAUAUUGUAGAAAACGAACACUGCUUUGUGAAUGUUACAUCGAGAGGGGAUUUGUCCUCUUUAAGUUGGAUACAGGGUCCCCUUAAACACAAUGCGAUACCGGAAUCAGAGAAGGAGUUGGUACACGUAUACUAUUCCUCCAUAAAUUUCAAAGAUGUUAUGAUUGCAAGUGGAAAAAUUAAUAUAGAUUCAAUAUCCGAUAGACUGGAACAAGGGUUUCCUCUGGGAUUUGAUUUUUCUGGAAAGAACAGGAGGGGAUGCCAUGUGAUGGGUAUCUCCCCGAAAGGAUGUCUAAGUAACUUACUGGUAGUUGACAAGUCUCAAAUAUAUUGCGUGCCCGAUACUUGGACUCUGGAGGAAGCAGCCACAGUUCCCGUAGUCUAUACCACCGCGAUCUAUGCCCUAAUUAUGUGUGGCCGCAUGAAGAAGGGCCAAAGCAUUUUGAUUCAUUCUGGCACUGGAGGUGUCGGCCAAGCUGCUAUCAAUCUCGCUCUUCAUUACGGAUGCAAGAUAUUUACUACAGUCGGCAACUCUGCCAAGCGGGAUUUCAUUAAGACAACGUACCCGGAACUGACAGAUGAAAAUAUUGGCAAUUCUCAUGACGAGACAUUCGAACAGAUGGUGCACAAAGGGUCGAACGGCAGAGGCGUUGAUAUGGUCUUGAAUUCCUUGGCAGAGGACAAAUUAGUAGCAUCAGUGAGAUGCCUUGCCACAGGAGGCAGGUUCCUGGAAAUAGGAAAAUUUGACAUGUUGAGCAACAACCACCUCAGCCUGUUGCUUUUCAUGAAGGAAGCUACUUUUCAAGGUGUUAUGUUAGAUCAAAUAUACGAGGAACCCACAAAGUGCGAAAUUGGAAAGGUGUUCCAGAAACUAAUUAGGGAAGGGGGCGUUAACCCUUUAAAAAGGAAAAUUUUCAAAUGCGACGAAAUCGAACAGGCAUUUGGAUUUAUGGCCUCAGGUAAACAUAUGGGCAAAGUGUUGGUCAAAGUUCGAGAGUCUGCAGAACACCUUGUCGGAAUGCCUCCUAAGCACAGCUUGCGCGGCAUAGCCAGGUAUUAUUGCGAUCCCCAGAAAGUGUAUAUAAUUGUGGGUGGUUUAGGGGGUUUCGGUUUGGAACUGGCUGAUUGGUUGGUCCUGCGAGGUGCCAGAAAGCUAGUGUUGACGUCAAGGAAAGGAAUGAGUAACGGAUAUCAACAUUAUAGAGUUAGGUUAUGGGAGUCAUACGGAGUUACCAUCAAAAUAUCCACCGCUCCUGUGGCAACAAGGGAGGGUUGUGAGCAACUUCUUGAAGAAAGCUCCCGACUAGGUCGCAUCUGUGCUAUUUUCAAUUUAGCCCUGUUACUGGAAGACGCGAUUUUUGAAAAUCAAACACAAAAAUCAUUUACCGCUACUUUCGAACCCAAAGCUAUCGCCACGAGGCACUUGGAUGACGUUACGAGAACAAUUUGUCCUGAUUUAAAAGACUUUGUUGUAUUUUCGUCCUAUGUUGGUGGAAGGGGCAACGCUGGACAAACAAACUAUGCAAUGGCGAAUUCCGUGAUGGAAAGGGUAUGCGAGAAAUGCAAACGAGACGGAUACCUGGCACUGGCAAUCGAAUGGGGCGCAAUUGGUGAUGUAUGUGUAAAAAUAUAA